GUUAUCGUCCUUGAUUGUGUGUUGACAUCUGAUGUAAACAAGACAGCGAUCAAACCGUUACUCCACAGAGUAAUACAAGACAUGCCUGAUGUCUGUUUGUGAACCCUUUGGACAAGGCAGUCCAGACUCCUGGCUGUCUGAGAGUGAGAGUGUAGACUACAAUGUCUUCUACAACAGCAUGGAUUCCAUGGUGUUCCACAAUGAUGUCCAUAGUUCGCAGUUCCUGAAGGAGAUGAAGUCGCUGUAUGAUGAUGGCCUGUUAACAGAUGUGACCCUGAGUGUAGAUGGCCAUAAGCUACCUACUCAUCGUGUGGUGUUGGCAGCUGCUAGCCCCUACUUCAAAGCCAUGUUCACGCUGGACCUGAAUGAGAGCAGAAAGGAUGAAGUGGAACUGUUUGAAAUUGACUUUGAAUCUGUUAACCAGGUUGUGUCCUAUGCUUACACAGGGUCUCUGGAUAUUUGUCAACAAAAUGUACAAAACUUGCUGGCAGCAGCUUCCAUGUUUCAGAUUAUUCCUGUCCAGAAGGCCUGUGCUAGGUUCCUGGAGACGCAGCUGGACAACAGUAACUGUGUAGGUAUAUACUGCUUUGCCCAGGCUCAUAGCUGCCUCUCACUCCAGGUUAAAGCUAGGGAACAUAUCGAAAAGAACUUCAUGGAUGUUCAUCAGUGUGAGGAGUUUUUACGGCUUCCUCUGGAUAAAGUAACAGAAAUUGUUGCCAGUGAUGAACUUAAUGUUGACAAAGAAGACGUUGUAUUUGAAGCUAUAUUAGCUUGGGUUGGCGCACAGGAGGGACGGGCAGGUUUUCUGGGACAGUUAAUGACAAAAGUUCGCUUUGGUCUCAUUUCUUUACGUUUCAUGCAAGAAAGGGUGAUGAAAAGCAAUUUAAUUCUUAAUGAUCACCAUUGUGUUUCUCUUCUACAAGAUCUGAAGGAGUAUGAAAUCAAUCCACAUUCCUAUCAGGGGGAGAGCACCUUCUCUUUGGCAUUGCGCUCUGGCAUGAUAAAGCCAGAUCACUGUAUGUUGCUUCUAGGAGGAACCGAGAACCAACGACCUUACAUCAACUGCUACAAACCCUUGACAAGAGAGGCUUAUUUCAUGGCCCCUGUUGCUAGCAGAUGUGGAGAUUUUUAUGUGGAAAGUCUGGCUGGUGUUGUCACAGAGAAAAACGCCCUGUUUGCUGGGGGUGGUAACUAUAUUUAUCACUCGGACAGUUGUGAGCAUUUCGACUCCGAUGAUUCAUUAGAUGAAUUUGAAGAAAGAGUUGUGAGUAAAGAUUUUUAUCGCUAUGACAAUGAUCACAACAAGUGGGUGGCCUUGUCACCCAUGUUAUUCCCCAAAUCAAACUUUUCUUUGGCUUCCUUGGGUGGAAAGAUAUACUGUUUUGGGGGUCUGACAGAGAAUCAACAUCCGACUGAAAUCAUCGAAGUGUACGACAUCAACAAGAAUCGGUGGAGCUAUCAGGGCAUGCUCCCUACCUCAUUGGUAGACCUUGCAUGUGUUGUCCAUGAGGAGCACAUAUUCCUCCUAGGUGGGCGCACAGGUGUUGGAGCCCAUAACCUUGUUGUCAUGUACCAUCCUGUCGAAGGCCAGUGGAUCACCAGGUCUGGAAUGCUUACUCCAAGGUUUAAUUUUGGUGCAUGUGUUGUGGAUGAGGAAAUCUACGUUGCCGGUGGUCAGAUUUAUUCCCAAAAUUCUCACACUAUCAACAGACAAGCUCUCAAGUCUGUAGAGAUAUUCAGCAUAGCGAACAACCAGUGGCGUCCAGGCCCUGAACUUCCAGAGGCUAUGUAUAAUGUGGGACUCGCUGUUGUAAAUAUGGCAUUGUAUGCCUGUGGCAUGAGCGAGAGUUCACGGCUUACACAUCCAACAUAUCGCAACAUUGUGUGUCGGCUCGACUUUAGUCGUGGUCAGUGGGACAUUAUAGAACAAUCCCUUUGUGACACCAGAAACUACAGCUGUAUUGCAGCCAAGCUCCAUACCAGAAAGCUAUUACAACUGUUCCGUCCCGAGGUAGACACAUAGUCACAUUACCACAGUUAAUGUGCCACACCUUGGCAGCUUUCUGGUAUCUGGUUGAAACAAUGCAGUCAGCACAGAAAACCAUAACAUAGAGAUAAUACACCUUUACCAGAAUUGGGAUGAUAAUGCCACAGGUAGAGCUACAUGUAAACGCCGUUAUUUUAUUUCAAAGAGAUAUAAACAUUAAACAUGUAUAUGUGCUUGUAAGGCUUACUGUAUAUAUAUAUAUAGGGUCUAGUAAGUAAUAAGGACAGUAUAAUCCAAUAUAGGUACUGGAUCCUAACAAAGAGAUGUUUGUUGGAUGCGAUUAUACCCACUAUAUUUAUGUAACUGUUCCAUGUUCUAUGUCUAUAUGUGAUCGUUUGUAAUUUACUUGUCUUGAUAAAAGAGCAGAUUGCCUCGGGAAAUUCAACAAUUUACUUGUCUGUACUGUCGUUAUUACUACUUGACAUAUAUAUAUGAAAAUAAUCCAGAUAGUAUACCACUUUAGAAAAUGCAUAUAUAAUAUGCAAUUUGACCUCAUAUUUUGUGUAAAAGCUAGCUGAUUAAUUUCAGGCAGACAUGUCUGACUGGACCCCUGAAAUCUAAAUGUGCCAAAUGAUUUAGAAGUCAGCCUCUAUAUUAAACAUUUCUCUUUUUUUUUCUUUUCUUUUUUUUUCAUCCAGUUGAAACAGAUGAAAAAGAUAAGAAAUCAACCCAUGCAUAUCAUUAUAAAACCUCAAUCAUGAUCACCUGUCGUAUUAUCAAACCAUGCAUGCCCUGACCUACAUGUAACAUUCUAAAUCAUUUGACAUUCAAAAUUGACAUACGGAAACUUUAACUGAAAAAAAUGUCCCAAUAGUUUCAGAAAGCCAAUACAUAUAAUGUAAUUGUUUUCCUUGUUUUUGAGUAAGUUUUAUAUCUGUAUGUGUUCAUCGCUAUAUAUUUGAGGUAUAUGUGUACCCCUGUGCUACAAGGCCCUAAAUAGUGUUAUUCCUACAUUACCCUUCACACGCUUCUAUAGGGGCCAACAAGAGUGAUUAAAAUAAGUUGAUAAAACUUGUUUUGAAAUUGUUGUAAAAUAAAUAAAGUUUAAUUUUGAUAUUUCUGCAGAGAUGGCAAACAAAACAGCAUCCAAUGCAUGUUUUUCUAUGAUGUAUAUAUUUGUACUUGUGUGUGAUCUAACCUCCUUAUGAUUGAUCAGUGCUUGACCUCCAAGAUUUGGUCAAAGGAAAGAACCCUAGGUUACACCAGUCUUCUGGUAGAAUCCACACACUACAGCAACAUAGGAUGCACUGUAUUGUUGGGAAUAACAGUUCUAUUUAGAAACUCUAUUUGACAUAAAUUAUAUUUACAUAAUUGUCCUGUAAUCCAUUGAAUGCACCUAUGUAAUAUUUUAGUAUAUGUCACUAUUGUAAUAUACCAUGGAGUGUGUGUUUUAUUGGUUGUGCCAGUCAGAAAUUGAUUGUGAUGUCAUGAACAAUUACGUCAUAAUUGGAAAUGGCACAGCAAAAUGGCUGCCUUUGAUUAAAAUCUGUCAAAAUAUAAGUUUUCUCACAUGAAAAAAAGUAUCUUAAAUUUGUCUUAAUUGGUAACUGGUAUCGAACAACUGUAACAUGAUAAGUACUUUAAACGUUGUUAUUUUUGUGGGGGGUUAAUUUUCGCAAUUUCGAUAUGUAAUGUUUCGAUACGUGAUCGAUCCACCUUCAUUUGUAGUUCAAGAUUACGCAAAAUGAUAUCCAAAUAAUACACAAGAGGGAAAUUUUCGUGAUCAAAGGGAAAUAGCGCAGAUUUCCCCAGUCGCGUAAACGAUGUUUAUAGUACCUUAAAUAUGUCUUAAUUUCCUAUGGAUUUUAUAAAACUUGUCUCAAAAUUGUAUUUUAUUGCUUACCAAGGCUUGCAAAAUUAAACAUUCUAAGAUUUGUUUCAUGAAAUCCCGUAUGAAAUUAAGACAUAUUUAAGGUACUGUAAACGUGGAAAUUUACGAUGCGAGGUUAAUAUUGAGAAUUUUGUUAUAAAUGUACAAUCCUAUAUAGAUUCAUAAUGUCAAUAUUUGUUACACAAGAGUAAAAAGAUGAACUAAGGUCUGCCAUUAUUUUUACUAAAUUGUUGUAAAUAUAUAGAUCAGUAUAUUAUAGUUUUUUACCUCAUAUUCUGACAUAUUUUAACCCUUAAUACAUAAACUGUUGUCACAAUUUUGUAUAGUGUAUUUCAAUACAAUCAGCAUUUGCUUUAUUUUUGAUACCAGUGGUUUAUAAAUAACAAUAAGAGAAACUCCUCAUACAAGCUGGUAACAUGUCUGGAUUGUAUGAAUUUCUGCAAUGAUAUUGAACAGGAGAGUUCUCUCCUCUCCCCAAAAGCUGACUGUAUAACAAUGAAUGACAUAAGCUGAGGAUGGGCAGAUAGUAAAGCUUAAGUUUCAUAUAAUAACAAACAUUUAUCAAUUUCAAAAACAAUAUUGCAUUUAUAUUUACAAUUAUGGCAGAUAUGAAAAUCAUAUGAUAUGCAUAAAUUUUGUAUAGAACUUGAGUGUGUUGAAUAUGAAACUGAUCUAUUGUUAAUGAAAUUCGUUUUCAAUUAUGGUUGUGAAUGUAUAUUUUAUACCGGAUUACAAAAGUUGAUAUUGUUUCUUUAAGCCACCUCCAAUACAUACUGACCAGCUAUUCUGUUUCAUGUCUUGUAUGUUGCAAUUUGAAUGAAAUUUUUAUAACCCUUUGUAUCGUAACAACAUCACAGAAUCAUAUCAACUUUUAUAUGUUGUGGUUUUAAUUAUGUAUGAUGGAUCCAUGACUUAUACAUUAUACAAAUUAAUGACAGGUUAAGAAUUCUCUUUUUUAAAAAGAAAAAUUGUUUAUGUGAUAUUAUAUUUUGUGUCUCCAUGUUCUUGUCUCAGAAUAUCUCAUACUUGUAUGUAAUACAUUCCACAAAAACGUCUCAUUUGUGAUAAAAUAAAACAAUUUGAUGAAA